AGCAGGCCGCACAGAUAGAGUUGACCGAGAGGAUGCCAUGGCCAGCGAUCCUGCCGAGUGCCAGCGGCGGUGGUCCAACUAUAAAGCCCGGGGGCAGCGCCACCAGCUCAGUCCACCACACCACCCAGCGUCAUCUCAUCCCCGUUUGCCCGCUGCGAGAAUUCCUUUCACCUCACCUCACUCUGAGUCUGAGCGCGCGGCCGCACUCAAGCGAGCGAGCACGGGCGAAAUGGCGCGCCACGCCGGGAAGCCCCUCCUCGCGCUCCUCGUGCUGUCCGGCCUCCUCCUCCUCCCGCUCGUCGCCUCCGUCCCCUUGCCAAGAAGCCUGCGCCUGGGGAACCCGCAGCAACACCCGCCGGCUCUGAAGCUUGCUUCUUCUCAGGAGGCGGCGAUGGCGGCGUGGAACCUCGGCAGCAGGCCGGCGGCGAGGAUGGCCGUGGAGGUGGACGACUACCAACCGCCCGGCCACAACAGCCGCCAUGACCCGCCCAAGGGUCCCGGGAGAGCGUGAACAGUGGGGGGGGGGGGGUGGACCCAAAUAAUCCUCCAUCUUCUUCGCCACUAGUACGAAGUGCUUGCUUGCUUGCUAGUAGUUUGCUCCUGUAUUCUAAAAUGGUAGCAGAAACGAAAUCACCUAGUAGUUACAGAAGGGAUCCGGGGGCCGAUCGGUGUCUGUCUAUAUGCCGCCCGUGUGUGUCAGGCGGCGCACCGAUCGCCUGGCUGUUCUUGGGUUUGUUUGUUCGUCAGAACUGCUGCGCACAUCGGUUUCUCGUGCUGUGCUGGUGUCGAAUACACUGCCCCGAAAUUAUUCAGCCUCCCCGUUCCUUUCCUCC